CCGGGGGUCGCCGUCUCCCCCAUGCCGCCCUUCCGGCUGCGGCUGCUGCCGCUUCUGCUACCGCUACUGUGGCUACUGGUGCUGACGCCUGGCCGGCCAGCUGCGGGUCUGUCCACCUGCAAGACCAUCGAUAUGGAGCUGGUGAAGCGGAAGCGCAUCGAGGCCAUCCGCGGCCAGAUCCUGUCCAAAUUACGGCUCGCCAGCCCCCCCAGCCAGGGGGAGGUACCGCCCGGCCCGCUGCCCGAGGCCGUGCUCGCCCUGUACAACAGCACCCGCGACCGGGUGGCCGGGGAGAGCGCCGAGUCGGAACCCGAGCCCGAGCCGGACUACUAUGCCAAGGAGGUCACCCGCGUGCUAAUGGUGGAGAACAACCACAAUAUCUAUAAAAGCAUCGAGACUGUUGCACACAGUGUAUAUAUGUUCUUCAACACAUCAGAGAUCCGGGAAGCUGUGCCUGACCCUCUGUUGUUGUCGCGGGCAGAGCUGCGUAUGCAGAGACUCAAGUUAAGUGUGGAGCAACACGUGGAACUGUACCAAAAAUACAGCAACAAUUCCUGGCGCUACCUCAGCAACCGGCUCCUGACCCCCAGUGAUACACCGGAGUGGCUGUCCUUUGAUGUCACUGGAGUUGUUCGGCAGUGGCUGAUCCAAAGAGAGGAAUUACAGGGCUUUCGCUUCAGUGCUCACUGCUCCUGUGACAGCAAAGAUAACACACUCCGAGUGGACAUCAACGGGAUCGGUCCUAAACGCCGGGGUGACCUGGGGGCCAUUCAUGGAAUGAACCGCCCCUUCCUGCUCCUCAUGGCCACCCCACUGGAGAGGGCCCAGCACCUGCACAGCUCCCGACACCGCCGAGCCCUGGACACAAACUACUGCUUCAGCUCCACGGAGAAGAACUGCUGUGUUCGGCAGCUCUACAUUGACUUCCGCAAGGACCUGGGAUGGAAGUGGAUCCACGAGCCCAAGGGCUACCACGCCAACUUCUGCCUAGGGCCCUGUCCCUACAUUUGGAGCCUGGACACACAGUACAGCAAGGUCCUGGCCCUGUACAACCAGCACAACCCGGGGGCGUCGGCGGCGCCCUGCUGCGUGCCGCAGGCACUGGAGCCGCUGCCCAUCGUGUACUACGUGGGCCGCAAAGCCAAGGUGGAGCAGCUGUCCAACAUGAUCGUGCGCUCCUGCAAAUGCAGCUGAGGCCCCGCCCACUCCCGCCCCGCCCCGGCAGGUCCGGCCCCGCCCCUGCCCAGGGGCUGUAUUUAAGGACACCUGUGCCCCAAGCUCACCUGGGGGGCUAAUUAAAGGUGAAAGAGUA